ACUGGAGUACGGUUGCAGAUCAACAUCACUGUUGCAGCACUGUUGCUUCGGUUUAACAGGGCAGGGCGACACUUUUGAACCCAUAGUCAAAAGGCUACACUUUCCAACGAGCAGGUGUCUGUCUACAAGUCGGCUAUACAUCUUCCACAUCAAGAUGUUGGCGUGCACAAAGAUGAUCACUAUGUGCCUUCAGUCGGCGAAAAAUAAGCAUCUUCGCUCUCAGCAGGAACAACCGCAGCCACUGCAUAGCCCUGUUAAUGGACUUCCAAUUUUCAAAGAUAUUUUCUGCCGCGCUGACAAAAACGAUGAUGGAAAACUGUCGUUUGAUGAGUUCAACGCUUAUUUCGCAGACGGGAUUCUCACCACUGAGGAGUUGCAGGAGCUCUUCUACUCCAUAGAUGGGCGGCAGAAUAACAACCUAGAUACCGACAAACUAUCAGAUGACUUUGCUCAACACUUGGGGGGAUAUAUGAAUGUCCUCUCUGCUCUGGAGAUCCUAAAUGUUGCCAUCUUGGAGGCUAUGAACAAAACUAAAAAGGAGUACCAGGACUCCUCUGUGCUGGGACAGUUUGUGACCCGCUUCAUGCUGAGGGAGACCUCCAGCCAGCUGCUCUCUCUCCAAAUGUCCCUGCAGUGUGCCAUGGAGGCCGUGGAAGAGCAGAGCAGGCCCGCACCGAGAGCGGUGGAGGUGGCGGAGCAUCCCUCAGCGCAGAGAAACAGCAGACGAUGUGGCCGCAAGUUUCAGAAAAACAUGUGCCUCUCCCCUACCCACCCCUAUUCAGGCAUCCUCACGACAGGAGUGACCAUGGAGAUUGAUGACCACUGGUGCUCCCAGAUCAACAGGCUCCGGCAGCUAUUGGACAAGCUGGAGUGGCAGGGUCCAAAGUUGGAACCCCUGAAAGAAGAUACGCUGGCCAGUACAUACAAAUCUAACAUCCUGCUGGUGAAGACGCAGAUGACGGCAACGGAGGACCUCGAGGAGUUCCAGAAGCUGCUCAAGAGCUAUGUGGACGCCACGUCCAACCACAGCGACAACUUGCAUGUGUCUAUCCAGAAGCUCGCUGGAAAGUCGUGCUACAUAAUGUAUGAGUUUUGGCAGGAUCGUAUCUCCUGGAUGAGCUUCCUGCAGUCCAAUGCCAGUAAGAAAUUCCAGCACUGUGUCAUUGAUACAUUGGAGGAUUCCGAGCUUGUGUCUACCAUGCUGCUCCCAGCAUCCUGGUGGAUUAUGACUGACUAACUAGCAGCAGACCAUGUAUCCUGCCCCCACAUACACACAACACAACCUCAAGACAAGAAAUUCAACAUUUCAUCCAAGUGUUUCGGUUCAAAGCUACCGGACACAGAACACUGCAUUAAAACAGCAUCUUGCGGCAUCUUUCUUAUGUACCAGUCAAAAGUUUGCACACACUUACUCAU